CAGCAACAACAACAACAACAACAAUAUAUUGUACCACCUGAACCUGCUCCUAACGCCACCGAUGCCCCACCUACUCCACCUCUCACGAUUGCCCAACUAGCCGAUUUUGCCUCUACCAUGGUCUAUUUAAUGUGGCAUGCUCGUAGACCUUCCGUCAUGAAACUCCACGAACUCUCAAAGCUCAUCAUUCAACAACAAUACAAUACAACAGAAGACAGUGACCUCCAUCAUUCCCGAGAAACAGCCAAUAUUGCAAACCGCACAAGCAAUGCCUUUAAGAAAUUUUGUAAACAAGUACUGACCGCUACUCAGCUCUCUGAAUCUGUCAUAUUACUGUCUUUAAAGUAUAUUGCCAUGCUGUUGCAGAAUAACCCAACCAUCCAAGGUGCCGAAGGCUCAGAAUACCGAUUGUUCACUGUAGCUCUCAUGCUUGCUAACAAAUUCCUUGACGAUAACACUUUCACAAACAAAACGUGGUCAGAAGUCACCGGCAUGAAGGUGGUGGAUUUAAACAUCAUGGAACUAGAAUUUUUGGAUGUGUUACGAUUCAGGUUGACUAUCAAACAUGACGAAUACGAUAGAUGGAAGCAAGCUUUGUUCUUAUUUAGAAGUCAAAUACAGAAUGCAGAUCAACUAGCGAAACAGGAGCAACUAUUGGAAGAAACCUUUAAAGUGGUUCUACCACCAAAUCAGCCGCAACAACAACAACAUCAUCAUCAUCAACAAACACAACAGGAACAACUUCAACAACAUUAUUUGUUAAUGUUAUCGAAAGCACAAUUACCUCAUUUUCCUACUCAACCGCUGAAUAGACCUUUGACUCGUGUUCCAUUACGUAUACCUGUGCAACCUGUUUGGAGAAAUCAACCGCAGCCAUCUUAUUAUAAUACCACUGCAGCUGCUGUUGCUGCGAGUGGGAAUGCGAAUGCUGGUAAUGGUGCGGGCAAUAUCAUGUCUUCUACAACAGUACCGACCUCAGCAAUAGCAACAUCCACUGUAGCAACUGACUAUUACCACCCUCAGAAUAAUAAUACUUCUAUUUAUGUUCCAUCUAUAAAUAGCUCAAGUGGUAACAAUAAUAGUCAUAACACUCG